AUGGGUUUCAAUUCUGUCUAUAGAAGCUUGCAGGAGUUAUUUCCGCAGGUUGAUGCCAGGUUACUGAGAGCUGUGGCUAUUGAACACCCAAAGGAUGCUGAUCUCGCUGCUGGAGUUGUUCUUGCAGAAGUCAUCCCGUUCAUAUCCAAAAAAUUAACUCUUGCAACUCCUCCACAGGACAAUGGCCAUGGAUCCCCACUAAGUGUUGAAGCUGAAAGUGAGGAGGAAGGCAAUAGAUUGCACCGUUGGCAUGUCCAAGAUAUAGUUGUGGGGCCUUCUUCUGCUCCACAAUCUAUACAUAUGGAAACUCCCAAAACAGCUGAGUAUUCUUUAGUACCAGAUUUGAAUGAAGCUCUGGACAAGUCUACAUUGUUAAACGUCAGUAAUUUAAAUGAUGGUACUGAAAAGUCUCUUGGAAUGGAUGACAUGAAGGAGCUAAAUGUUUUUCAGAAUGUUGAGGAUAACACCAUAGAAGAGACCUCAAACAAGAUUGCUUUGGAGACUUCAAAUGGCUUUGGUCAGGAAGAUAAUGAAAAUUUUGAUCAGAGACGACUUCAUGUUGAUGCUGAGUCUAAAAACUUGAUUUCUUCUGGUAUAUGUCAAGAGAUGGAACCUGAACAUAAUUACCUUAGCAAGGAGGCUACCUGCAAUAAUAAAAAUGAAAAUAGAACUGGAAACCAUUUAAGUGAAGAAUUGGUAAAUUUUGUAGAUGCUUCAGCUGAUUAUUAUGAUGCCACUACAAGCCACUUACUGGAGGAUUGUGAAACUUACCUGACCGAGGAAGAAAAUUCAGAGGCUCAAGCUGUUUGCCAUGAGGAAGGGAAUACUCUAAAUUCUAAAAAUAGUCUUCAACGGGAAUUGGAUGCUGGGUCUUCUAGUGCUGAUGACAAAACUCGUGAUGUUGAAGAUGAUAUUGGAGGCAAGAAUGAAGUUAGCCAAUAUAUCCAAGUAAGCAGAAUUGAUCUGCUUGAGGAAAUCAUUGAUGAGGCUAAAAGUAACAAGAAAACCUUGUUUUCAUCAAUGGAAUCUCUUAUCACCUUGAUGAGGGAUGUGGAACUUCAGGAGAAAGCUGCAGAGCAGGCCAAUAUGGAAGCUGCUGGCGGAGGGUUUAAUAUUCUGGCCAUGGUAGAUGACUAUAAAGCAGUGCUGGAACAAGCUAAAGAAGCAAAUGACAUGCAUGCAGGAGAAGUUUAUGGAGAAAAAUCAAUUCUGGCAACUGAACUGAAGGAACUUCAAUCACGGUUACUCAGCUUGUCUGAUGAAAGGGAUAAGUCUCUUGCAAUUCUUGAUGAGAUGCGUGAAAUUCUUGAAGCACGACUAGCUGCAGCAGAAGAAAUGAGGAAAGCAGCUGAGAAUGAAAAACUGGAAAAAGAGGAAUCAGCACGAAAGGCUCUUGUUGAACAGGAAAAAUUGGUGGAGAAGGUACUACAUGAAUCAAGAAGACUACAGCAGGAGGCAGAAGAGAAUUCAAAGUUACGAGAGUUCCUGAUGGAUAGAGGGCAGGUUGUUGAUAUGUUGCAAGGAGAAAUUUCUGUUAUUUGUCAGGAUAUUAGGCUUCUAAAAGAGAAAUUUGAUGCAAAUCUUCCAUUGAGUCAAUCCUUCACCUCAAGCCAGACCAGUUGCAAGUUGGCUUCAUCAGGUAUGUCCCACAAGGCUGCGACAUCUGAUGUAGGUUCUGUGCAUAGUGAUUCCUCUGAAAGAAGUAAGACAUGCCUGGUAACUUCAAUUGAAAGCCUUUGUUCCAAAAGCGGGCACGACGAGGAAAAAUCCAAAGCUGAACGCGAUGCUCUUCUUGAUGAUGGGUGGGAUAUUUUUGAGAAUGAGGCAGAGCUCAGUUCUGGAGUUUACUGA